AUGGAUAUAGCAAGAUAUAGCAAAUUGAUCUCCCCAAAGGACACCGGGCAUAAUGAACAGAGAGAGGCGAAGUUGCUUGAGAGGUGUCCUCCCGGCCAUGAAGGCCCAAUGUUGGUCGACAUGCCCGCCACAAUUCUUGAUUCAUCCGGUGCCAUCAUCACAUGGUACCUCCCAGAUGCCCUGACAGACGACACCCAGGUGUCCACCGAUUUGCUUGCUCCUACCCUCGAAAAAAGUGUAAAGGCCAAUGGCAAUUGGCGGACUAAUCAAGAGCAGUUCAAACAGGGAUCGGAAAAUGUUGGCUCAACUCCCGGAUGCAUAAAUAUAUCUCUGGCAUGGUAUCAACAGGGACACGAGCAUCUGUCCGAUCCGGACGUAUCAGCAUCGUUGAAGGGACCUUCCUCCGAGAAUAUCCUCAAAGCCAUUGCAAGGCCAGCAGCCAUCACGUCCGUGGCACUCAGGGUGAUGCAUCCUGAGCAGUACUUUGCAGGGUUGCGAACCUUUUCCAACCUCGGAGAAAAGGCUGUCACCAAGGAUCUGCCACAGAUGCCAGAGACCCUGCAGUACUGGGCAUCCGUGUUUAACACCCUCUCCAUCAUUUCCAAUCGGGAAACCCCUGAUCAUCGAGAUCAUUUAUCCAUUCCUGAAUGCUUCGACAUUCUCACCACCGUGGGGAACUAUUCUUAUGGUUGGAUGAGAAUGCCAAGCCUUCAGCUGGUGCUCAAGUACAAUUCUGGGUGUAUGAUGGCAUUUUCUGGAAGGAUUGUAAGAUGUGGAGUUGAUCAUGUGGAAGGGGAUCGGAUUGCUUGGGCAUGGUAUAUGAGGGAUUCCGUUCACAUCUAUGCUGGGGUUCCCUCGUGUGGAUGGGCUAGUGUGAAUAGCCCAUAUGCCCUGUGA